AUGUCUAUACCACCACCCAGUUCGGAGAAUCCCCGGCAUCGCGUAUCAUCUCUCUGUGACCUGGCACAUCACACCCCGAAUUCGCAUCCCACCCCUGCCCGUGACGUACAAGAUGAUAUCUCUGAUACGCCGACCGAACUGCCUCCCCUUGGGAGAGGCGCCAUAGGGGCUGAUUCGUCGUCGCCAAGCAUAGCUAGCUCGGAUGGUAGCUUAGAAGAUUUCUUCAGGCUCCCGGAUCUCCAGAACAACAUCCCCAUUGACCCAGCGAUCCUUGCCGACGACGCGCCUUGGGACAUUAGUGACCUUCACCAGCCUGUCCAGCAAGGCGAUGAUCUUGCCAACCCAAAGGCCAUUUAUCGCUAUCCUGUACCUCCCCUGUCUAUGUCCUGUGACAACCCCAACCAUCACCGAGGAUCCGGAGAGAGGCCUGACGGCUGGAGUAGAAAUUCUCAAGCAGUUGAUGAUACUCACGUUCUGGAUCAUCGGCAUAUUCACCCUGCCCGUUGCGGCACUGACGUUGAUGUUCCUUGCUCCUACAGCACGAGUGACGACUUCCUCAGCGACGAACAGUUCAGGAGGCGCAAGCGAGGGCCACAGCAACCAGAAGAACCGGCCGCAAAGCGGCUUCACGUUGCCUCCGCAUCGUCUAUGGAAGAUUCCUCCACAGCCCUUCGCUCCCAUUUCCUGUCGCUGCCGCUCGACGAGCGUCUGCAGUUCCUUUCUUGGCUGUUUGAAGGUGCUUUGGCGAGUUGCAUGUACGACUCAACACCGGCAAUAUGGGUGGGAGACGAGAGUGUGCGGUCAGCCGGUCGCUCGACUCCUCGCAAGGUCGGAAAAUCUCAGCGUGAGCGCGGCGAGGGGAGGAAGGGCCACAGAGACAAGCUGUGGCGAUGGCUCCCCGAGGAUGACGCACGGCUCCUGAGCAUGAUGGAGGAGCGCCGACCCUGGCCGGAGAUAGAGAGUUGUUUUCCAGAAAGAACGGAAUCGGCGCUGCGCCAGCGGGUGUCUACGCUUCGGAAACAAGAGAGGGGAAUACGUACAGCCGAACCCGCCGGUGUCCCAGCAGCAUCUGCCAGCCCCGAAAGGCAGGCUCGCCACAAGUAA